AUGGAGACCCUCAAUAACAUAAUUAUAGCAACAAUUUUUGUUACAAUUUUGUUGGUAUAUACAUGGAAAGUGUUGAAUUGGGCAUGGUUUAGGCCAAAAAAAUUGGAGAAGUUUCUUGGACAACAAGGCUUAUGUGGGAAUUCUUAUAGGCUACUCCAUGGAGACUUGAAAGAGUUCUCUAAGAGCAUCAAGGAAGCACAAUCCAAGCCUAUUAAUAAUCUUUCAAAUGAUAUAGCACCAAGAAUCAUUCCUUAUUUUAUUCAAACCAUUAAUAAAUAUGGGAAAAAUUGUUUUGUAUGGUUUGGGCCAAAACCAAUGAUACUAAUAAUGGAAAGUGAACAAAUUAGAGAGAUAUUUGCUAAGAAUUAUGUUUAUCAAAAGCCUCACCACAACAAUCCAGUGGCCAAUUUGUUGGCUAGAGGCAUAGCAAACUAUGAAGAAGAUAAAUGGGCAAAACAUAGAAAGAUCUUAAAACCAGCUUUCCACAUGGAGAAGUUGAAGCUUAUGUUGCCAGCUUUUUACUUAAGCUGUAUUGAGAUGCUAAAAGAAUGGGAACAAAUUGUCCCAGAUGAAAGAUCAAAAGAGUUGGAUAUUUGGCCUCAAUUUCAAAAAUUAACAAGUGAUAUGAUUUCGCGUACGGCAUUUGGUAGUAGCUAUGAAGAAGGAAGAAGAAUAUUUGAACUUCAAAAAGAACAAGCUGAGAUUAUUAUGAAACAGUUCAAUUCCAUUUAUAUUCCAGGAUCAAGAUUUUUGCCCACCAAAAGCAACAAGAAAAUGAAAGAAACUGAAAAAGAAGUUCAAGAAUCGAUAAGGCGUCUAAUUGACAACAGAUUAAAGGCAAAAGAAGCAGGGCAGGAGUUUGGUGAUGACUUAUUAGGUACAUUACUAGAAUCAAAUUCCAACGAAAUCGAAGAACAAGGAAGCAAAGAAUUUGGAUUAACUAUCAAUGAAGUAAUUCAAGAAUGCAAAUUAUUUUAUUUUGCUGGACAAGAAACCACUUCAGUGUGGCUUGUUUGGACUAUGAUUUUGUUAUCUAGACAUCAAGAUUGGCAGGCAAAAGCCAGAGAGGAAGUUUUGCAAGCCUUUGGAAGUGAUCAACCAGCUUUUGAUGAGUUAAGUCGGUUGAAAAUCGUAACGAUGAUUUUGUACGAGUCCUUAAGACUUUAUCCACCACUAGCAACUCGUAUCAGGAGGACUAAUGAAGAAACUAAAUUAGGAAAUUUGUAUUUACCAAAUGGAUCAUUGCUUUUUAUACCAACGAUCUUAUUACAUCACGACAAAGAAAUAUGGGGCGAAGAUGCAGAGGAGUUCAAGCCAGAGAGAUUCAAGGAAGGUGUUUUAAAGGCGACAAAGGGACAAAUGACGUUUUUUCCAUUUGGAGCAGGACCACGAAUAUGCAUUGGACAAAACUUUGCGAUGUUAGAAGCAAAAAUGGCUAUAGCUUUGAUUCUACAACGAUUCGAGUUUGAGCUCUCUCCAUCUUAUACACAUGUUCCACAUUCUAUUGUAGCUUUGCAGCCUAAGUUUGGUGCUCCUUUACUUCUGCAUAGGCUCUAG